CACGUCCGGAGGUGCUUCUCAGCUUCAUCUGUAAACGGGAGAAAUGCUUUUGAGAUUGCUAAAAACACCAAAAGCUGAAGCAGAAGCCCAAACAAACAGAGCCUUAAUCUUGCUAGUGACCUGUGAAAUAUGAAAAGAGCGGAACGUCAAGGUCUUCAACAACGUCUACAUAAUACCUCUGUUGCUCCUCCAGUGAAUCAAAGAAGAGGGCCACGUCUGGGCACUGGCCGGUGCGAAGCACCUUGCAAAUCUCAUGUCCUGAAGUUGUAUUCCUUAUAUUUUUGGCCUUGGCCUACUUGUUUCGCUCAUAUGCUUAUGUUUCACAUAUACUUUAUGAACGAGGAAGACACGUUCAGGAGGAUCAUCAGAAUCUGCUUCUCAACUCUGGCUUCUACAACAUGGGAGACCGAACAGUGACGUUGUUGCUUCUAGAGACAGCCGCCACGGCAGCAGCAGGGGUCUCGCGUGGGAGAUGAUGACCCAUUUGCCCCUGAAAAAAAAGGAGCACGGCCGCACGGGGACGACCGGACGACUCGCCCGUCCCAGUUCAUCAUCCCGUUCGUUCGCCUCCCGCUCCGGUGGGCUGCCAGCGGCCAGCGCCGAGGAGAAAUCGGCGAGAAGGGCAGGUUUGUGAGAUGCAAUUUGACUGAAAUUGAGAGAGAGUGAAGAUGGUCCUCGGGAAUGACCACCAUGGACAUACCUGUGACCUUUCUUUGCGGCAAGGGCAUGAUAAGGACUCGCUGGUCAGGGAAGGCCAGGACGGGGAAGGCCAUCACGGUUUCGGCUUGUUGGAGAACCAUGAGUUGGUGCUCGCCGAGCCGCAUUCCCUUGUCGACGAUGAUAAUCUUGAUGAGCUCUCGCUGGAGCAAACCCAUGAAUUCGCCCUCCAGCCGGCCCAUGACUUGUCGCAGGGCCUUCUUGCCGUUGCCCCACGGAUGAUGGCCUUUAGCACAGAGUUUCAGCUCGUGGCCGGGCAGGAAUUUCCAAAUGUCAUGUACUGCCGCAGGGCCAUCCGCAACACUGCCAUUGCCUGCCACUUUGAGAUACAAAUGGUCAAGUCUGACAACACAAGCUUCACUGCUAAGUGUACCGCGGAGGGCUGCCCAUGGCAUAUUCAUGCAGCAAAGCUUCCUGGAGUGCCUACUUUCUCCAUCAGAACUAUACUUGACAACCAUAGUUGUGUGGGUAUAAACCAUCUUGGUCAUCAGCAGGCGUCUGUUCAGUUGGUUGCAAGUACUGUCGGAGAGAGGCUGCCUGAGAACCCACACUGCAAGCCCAAGGAAAUUUUGGAAGAAAUCCACAAGUCAAAUGAGAUCACACUACCGUACAAGCAAGAUUGGAUAGGGAAAGAGCGCAGCAUAGCAGCAGUUCGAGGGUCUUUUGAAGAAGGAUAUCGACUCCUGCCUGAGUACUGCAGGCAGGUAGAAAGAACAAACCCGGGAAGCAUCGGUCGUGUCUAUGGGAACCCGGAUGAUAACCGCUUCCGGCGACUCUUCAUAUCGUUCUAUGCAUCAAUAUACGGUUUUGUGAAUGCAUGCUGUCCGCUCAUUGGGCUUGAUAAAGUUACUCUGAAAAACAAGUAUGUUGGCACCUUGUUUAUUGCCACUGCUUUCGAUGGUGAUGGUGCUCUCUUUCCUCUGGCAUUUGGCGUGGUUGAUGAGGAAACUGAUGAGAACUGGAUAUGGUUUUUGUCUGAGCUGCAUGAGUUGCUGGAGAAGAACACAUUGAGCAUGCCAAGGCUCACCAUCUUGUCAGAUAGGAGCAAAGGUAUUAUUGAUGGAGUCGAUAUCAACUUCCCAGCUGCAUUCCAUGGUUACUGUAUGCACCAUCUCAGUGAAACUUUCCGAAAAGAGUUCAACAAUUCAGUGCCUGUCGACCUUCUAUGGGAAGCUGCCAAUGUGCUGACUGCGAUAGAUUUUGAAACUAAGCUUCUGGAGAUAGAGGACAUCUCACAAGAAGCUGUUUGUUGGAUAAAAGGCAUACGUCCUUGCCUUUGGGCCACAGCUUUCUUUGAUGGGACACGGUACGGUCACUUAACAGCAAAUGUCACAGAGUCUCUAAAUUCUUGGAUACUGGACGCAUCUAGCCUUCCCAUAAACCAGAUGAUGGAGUGCCUCCGGUGCCAGCUCAUGACGUGGUUCAAGGAACGUCAUGAAGCGAGCAUGCAGUGGACAGCUACUCUUGUGCCCACAGCUGAGCGCCGCUUGCAGGAGGCCAUUGAGCGGGCACGAGGCUACCAAGUUACCCGUGCUAACGAGACAGAAUUUGAGGUCAUCUCACCUCAUGAGGGGACAAAUGUCGUGGACGUCCGCAACAGGUGCUGCCUAUGCCGUGGGUGGCAGCUCUAUGGCGUACCCUGCGCCCACGGCGUGGCGGCGCUCGUCUCCUGCAGGCAAAACGUCCACCGCUACACAGAGAGGUACUUCACCAUCGGGACUUACCGCAAGACAUACUCACAGACCGUACACCCCAUCCCGGACAAGACCCUCUGGAACAAGAUGUCCAACCAAGGAGAGGCUGAGGAGAGCAAGCUGGAGGUGAUCAUCAACCCGCCCAAAUCGCGGAGGUCCCCCGGUAGGCCGAGGAAGAAGAGGGUCCAUGCAGAGGACCACGGGCAGGUCAAGCUAUUCGUGCACUGCAGCCGCUGCAGCCAGAUGGGCCAUUUCAGAACCACCUGUCCUGCUGCCCUAUGAACUCUGAAGCAAGCAGCUGCUGCAUUUUGCUGUGAAGAGAAGUUUAGAAAUCAGUGUCUACUGUGCAAACUUCCUGCUUCUAGAUUAGUGUUUCUUUUGUUAUACUAGAACAUAUACCGCUGUUGACUUAGCUGUGAUGAUUUAAUAGUGUUAUUUAACUUGUGUUUGCCCUGCUAAACCCCGGGAAAUAUAAGAGUAACUACGUGGCACCCCAGAAUCAAAUAUAGCGUGUUGUUGGUGCGACA